UUUAUAUCAACAAAAUGCGUCUGAUCCUGCUGUCUGUCGUUGUUCUGUUGGGACUGGCCUAUGCCUUUGCCCUGGAGGAUAAUGGAGCCAAUCUGAAGGAUCUGCUGGGAGUGGCCGAUCAGGGAGAUGCCCAUGCCGAGGCUGGAUUGCGUGAAGCACGAGGAUAUUAUGGCGGCGGUCGAGGAGGUCAUUAUGGAGGUGGACAUGGACACUAUGGAGGUGGACAUGGACACUAUGGUGGACAUCACGGACAUGGACAUUAUGGUCGCUAAUUUCCAGCUCUCAACUUGUCAUUGCCAGAUUGUA